AAGGCAACAGUGUCAAGCGGUCAACUGCCAAAUGUCAAAUAAGUCAAAUUAGCAUUUUCCAUUUUUUUUACGGUUUCAGCCAGCAUCAAUACAGAAACAUAUUUAUUGCUGAAAUUAAGAAUUUGUGGUAGUUUUUAUCUUUUACAUCCAAAUAUUUGGUAACCCGUAAUCAAUUAUGUCGAAGAGAAGAAUAGAAGUAGGAGAUCCGUUCACGAAAAAGAAAAAGGAUGAAAAAAUUGUGCCAGGGGCAAGUGUUUUUCCUCAGGUUGUGGCUAGUUCUGUAAAUACAUUCACAGGUUUGCCUUACACCCAGAGAUACCAUGAGUUAUAUCGUAAAAGAAUAGGACUACCGGUUUUUGAGUAUAGAGCUGAUUUUAUGCGUCUAUUAGCUGAACACCAAUGUAUUGUAUUAGUGGGUGAAACUGGUUCAGGAAAAACUACUCAGAUUCCACAGUGGUGUGUUGAAUAUGCUCGAGCUGUUGGCCAAAAGGGGGUAUGCUGUACUCAGCCCAGAAGAGUAGCAGCAAUGUCUGUAGCUCAGAGAGUUUCUGAGGAAAUGGAUGUUGGUCUUGGACAGGAAGUUGGUUAUAGUAUUCGUUUUGAAGAUUGUUCUUCUGCGAAAACUAUUUUAAAAUACAUGACUGAUGGUAUGUUACUUCGUGAAGGAAUGAGUGAUCCCAUGCUUGAUGCCUACCAAUGUAUACUGCUUGAUGAAGCCCACGAGAGAACGCUGGCUACAGAUAUAUUAAUGGGCGUUUUGAAGGAGGUAAUAAAGCAACGCAAGGAUUUAAAGCUGGUUAUUAUGUCAGCCACACUCGACGCCGGAAAAUUUCAACAAUAUUUUGAUAAUGCACCACUGAUGAAUGUUCCGGGACGGACGCAUCCAGUAGAGAUAUUCUACACUCCCGAACCGGAAAGAGAUUAUUUGGAGGCGGCAAUUAGGACAGUGAUUCAAAUUCAUAUGUGUGAGGAGAUUGCAGGAGACGUAUUGUUGUUCUUGACUGGGCAAGAAGAAAUAGAAGUGGCGUGCAAAAGAAUUAAACGAGAAAUAGACAAUCUCGGCCCGGAAGUAGGCGACCUCAAAUGCAUUCCUCUAUAUUCCACUUUACCCCCAAACCUCCAACAGAGAAUCUUCGAGGAUCCUCCGCCAAACAAACCGAACGGCGCUAUCGGUCGCAAAGUGGUCGUCUCGACCAACAUUGCCGAAACUUCCCUGACUAUUGACGGAGUGGUGUUCGUAAUCGAUCCAGGAUUUGCCAAGCAGAAAGUCUACAACCCCAGAAUUCGUGUAGAGUCUUUGCUGGUGUCGCCUAUAAGUAAGGCUUCGGCGCAGCAAAGAGCCGGUCGCGCCGGAAGAACGAAACCGGGAAAAUGUUUCAGGCUGUAUACGGAAAAGGCUUUCAAGCAUGAGAUGCAAGAUAACACAUACCCGGAAAUUUUAAGAUCAAAUUUGGGUUCGGUCGUCCUCCAGCUGAAGAAACUGGGUAUCGAUGAUCUGGUUCAUUUCGACUUCAUGGAUCCUCCAGCGCCGGAAACGCUUAUGCGAGCUUUGGAACUGUUGAAUUACUUGGCAGCGCUAGACGACGACGGCAAUCUGACCGAUUUAGGGGCGGUAAUGGCCGAGUUUCCACUAGAUCCGCAACUGGCUAAAAUGCUGAUCGCCAGCUGUAAUCACAAUUGUUCCAAUGAAAUAUUAUCUGUUACUGCCAUGCUGUCAGUCCCACAGUGUUUCGUGCGCCCCAACGAGGCGAAGAAAGCAGCCGACGAUGCCAAGAUGAGAUUCGCCCACAUCGACGGAGACCACCUCACCUUACUUAACGUCUAUCACGCCUUCAAGCAAAGUAUGGAAGAUCCACAAUGGUGUUACGAUAAUUUCGUUAACUAUCGAUCACUCAAGUCAGCUGACAACGUCAGACAGCAAUUGUCCAGAAUUAUGGAUAGGUUUAACCUAAAAAGAACCUCCACAGACUUUACCAGUAAAGACUAUUACUUGAAUAUCCGAAAGGCUUUAGUUAAUGGAUUUUUUAUGCAGGUGGCACAUUUAGAAAGGACUGGUCAUUAUUUGACAAUUAAAGACAACCAAAUUGUUCAGCUACAUCCAUCUACCUGUCUGGACCACAAACCAGAAUGGGUCAUAUAUAACGAAUUCGUAUUGACCACUAAAAACUACAUAAGGACAGUUACAGAUAUUAAACCGGAUUGGUUAUUGAAGAUUGCUCCUCAAUAUUACGAUUUAAAUAAUUUUCCACAAUGUGAAGCUAAAAGACAGUUGGAGAUUUUACAGAAUAGAAUGGAGUCUCGACAGUAUCAGCAAGGGUUCUAAGCUAGACUGUAUAUUUUAUAUCAGUUUUUUGUUAUUUUAAAAUUAAUAUAUAGCUAUAGUAGUAUUUUAUAAUAGGCAGGAUAUGUCUAUAGGCCACUUAAAGUGUCACAUUAUUAAUUAUAUGGUUUUCUAAGAACAUUUUAUUUUUGUGAUUUAAGUUUAGUAUAUUUUUUUCAUUAUAUAAUUUAGCAAUAUUUUAAGUUCUUUUAAAACAUGAUAAAUGAUAAAUAAUAUGCUAUUUG